GUGGUCACUACAGUCCCAUUGUCAAGCCAGGCUCAGGUUAGUGUGCAACAGCCUGUUUCAGUGGCUAUGCAGCCGUUGCAGGAAGCCCCUGGGCCCAUGCAGCCUAUGCAGUGGAUGCCUAAAAUACCUCUGAUGAGUCCCAAGCCCUUCUCUGGAGAUAAGAAGAAGGAUGAGGACUUAGACACCUGGGUGAGGACUAUGCCUACUUAUGUGAGGCACAAGCUCACCAGGCCAGAGCAGGAAGUUGUAGUGGCUGCCUCCUUUUCAGAGGGGUCAGCAGCCCGCUGGUUGAAUGGCUUAGUGCAGCAGCAGGGCUACGGUCAAAACUUCGAUGCCUGGGCACAGGCUCAGACAUUGGAAGAGUUCGUACGGUCCGUGUAUAACAGGUGGCAUGACAAGCAAGGGGCUCAGAAGGGCACCGAUGCAAUCAACAAUCUUUGUUCACGCAGGUUCAAGAAUGUUAGAGAGCUAACGGACACCGUAGAACGUUUACUCGUGGUACCUGGUGUGCGCUUUGAUCAGCAGGUUCUCCUGACGGAUUACCUAAAGUGCCUACCUGCAGAGGUAAGGACCAAGUUGGUUGAUGAGGCCUAUGUCGAACAGCACACCUUCGCUUCUUUUAGUAAAAAAGCUCUGGACAUAGAGGCAAAGUUGGGAUCCGCUCAUCAGGUACCUCAUGAUGGUAGGAAGAGACUCCCCCAGGACUGGAAGAAGAAGGGUCAGUUGAUGUUCGUUGACCAUGAUGGUCAAUCGACGGAGAUUGACGAUUUCCCAGAUCUUGGAGAGGUGACAGAGCAGGAUGGGGCCAAUGAGACUUCGGAUGGGGGAGUCGUGGCACCUAUCAAAGAAAAGGCUAGGGGGACCGUGAAGAAGAAGGUAGUACGGUCCACGGGUCAGGGCGACCAAGGAACACCCGCAUGGGUAAAACUUGGUUUAGCGUAUGAGGUGUGGAGAGACAGAGUUGCUGGCGGCACGUGCAUGAACUGUGGCAAUUAUGGCCACAAGUCUAGAACGUGUCGAGGCAAGAAAGUCUUGACGAGGGUAGCCUCACCAACGGUGGUGGGACUAUCUUCGAAAUCUGGCGGUGCUUCUGCGAGCACUUCGCAGGGAAACACCUCGGGCCAGUAGGAGUUUUAGCCGCUCUUACUCGCGCUGAAGUGGUUACGUUGCCUUCCCCACUUCAAGCGUUGGCCAAGGCU